CCUUCUCUCUCUAGAAACACGUUCUUUUUCUCUCUCCUGAAUUACGAUAAACCUUCUCCGAGUUUUUUUGCUAACUUGCGCCAUUCUUCUAAUUCUCUGCGUAUCGUGCGCCUUCGCCGGAGAGUUUAUUGACGGCGGCCUCUGAAUAUGCCUUUCUUAUUAGAAGAAUUUCGAGAUACAGAGCUUACCGAACGGGAAAAGGUGGAAAGAUCCGCUUAACACUGGGAAGUGAAAUUUUCGGGAGAUUCCUAUUGUUUUUGGGUUUUUUGUUUUUCCGAUGGACGGCCAGAAAAAUCCGGCGAAUCUUACGAGAACGCAAUCUUCUCUCCUUCGCUCAUCCCCCACCGUCCGAUCGAUUCAGAGCCUGUCUUCAGUUACCGAGGAGGAUGAAAUCGAAUCUGAAAAUGAAGACCGGAAUCGGAAAAACAAGAUGCUUCGCCGGAGCCGAUCGUUGGGGAGGAAUUCGACGGCGUCUUUUGCUUGUUUCAGUCUCUUCUCCAUUUCUUGGUUCUGUUUCUUCGUCUAUGCGCGGAAGGAACAGAAAGAGAUAGCGACGUCGGAGAAUCUUCUACUGGCGUUGGUUUUCGUUGCGAUUUUACUGUUCUUCGCCAACAAAAACAAGGCUUUAAUCCAUCGGACGGUUUCGAUUUUGAAACAGUUUCGGGACGAAAAUGGUCGACGGUUUGGGUUUUCGAGUACCAAUGCGAAGCCGGUGAAGUGGUUUAUUGGUACUCCGAAUUCCAAUUUGGAAGCCAAGAAGAAGCGGCAAAUUAUCAGAGAAGGGGUCGAGUUUUACAGCAAUGGGGAUUUCUACGAGGGCGAGUUUCAUAAAGGGAAGUGCAAUGGAAGUGGGGUUUAUAAUUACUUCGCCAAUGGAAGAUAUGAAGGCGAUUGGAUCGACGGCCGAUACGAUGGGUAUGGAAUUGAGAGCUGGGCGAGAGGGAGCCGAUACAGGGGGCAGUACCGGCAGGGCUUGCGGCAUGGAUUUGGGGUUUAUAGGUUCUACACAGGCGAUUCUUAUGCAGGGGAAUGGUACAAGGGACAGAGCCAUGGGGUUGGGAUUCAAACCUGCUCUGAUGGUAGCUGCUAUGUGGGGGAGUUCAAGUAUGGCGCCAAGCAUGGCCUUGGCUGUUACCAUUUUAGGAAUGGAGAUAGAUAUGCAGGGGAGUAUUUUGGGGACAAAAUCCAUGGAUUUGGUGUGUAUCACUUUGGCAAUGGGCAUUGUUACGAAGGGUCGUGGCACGAAGGUCGGAAGCAAGGCUUUGGUAUGUAUACAUUCCGAAACGUCGAGAAUCGAUGCGGGGAAUGGGAUGGUGGCUGUCUCAAGCGCCCUCUUCCUCCUCUUACUGACUUAGUCCUUGGGGCAGUUCAGGCUGCAAGGAAGACGGCGGAGAAGGCGAUCGAGAUCGGGCCGGUGGAGGAGGAGGUGAACAAGGCAGUGGUAGCAGCAAACAGAGCUGCCAAUGGUGCUAGAGUUGCUGCUGUGAAAGCUGUUCAAAAUAGAAUGAAAGGGAGGUUUUGUGAUAUGAGCGCUUAAAAAGUGUAAAGUUUUGAGUGAUUUUGAGCUGCGUUGUGGGAGGAAACAACCACCCUGGUGAGCUGAAAGCCCAUCAGAGGUUGAGGGAAGCUUUUUCUGUUUAGUUUCUUCAACAUGUACAUACAACCUUGUAUAUCAAUCUAUGCAAGUUUCGUCUUUCUUUUGUCUGAGUUACAGCGGUUCGGGGAUGUAGUUGUAGAUGCACGAGUCUUAGUGGGUCGUUGGCUUCACAUGUUAUCUCCUUAUAGGAUAUGUUGUUCUCGUAGUCA